UUGGAAAUAACAACGUUAUUAAAGGACAUCUUCUAAUAUAAUACAUCUUCAGAAAGGAAACAUAAUUAAUUCAAAUACUAGGCUUUGUGGGGCACACGUCUGUAAACAAAAUCAUUCCCUUUUCAUCGGAAAGGGAAUCGUUGCCGACGGUUCAACAUCCCAGGUAUGCAUUCACCGGGAAGGCCAAAACGUCCAUUAAAACGCAGACAUAUAUAUUACAGGUUAGUGAACCAUCACGAAUAAAUGCAAUAUACAAACGGCAAAUCAAAUCAAAUUCAAGGUGAUAUCCUAUUUGCAUUAGAACUUCAGGAACAUGGGGAUGUAUUGUCUGUUGAAUGAGUUGACGACGUUUAAGAGGAGGAGUGCUGUCAAGGUUCGAGUGGUUAGAUCCUACACUGUAAUGGAAAGGAGGGGCUCAUCCGAGAUCAAGAGUAAAGAGCUGGUUCUGCACGACGAAGAGGCAACUGUAAUACAUGCCUGUAUACCAAAGGAUGUUCUACCAAAAUUCCCCGAAAGGUUUUUAGAAGGGAGUGUCUAUUGUUUCAAAAACUUUUAUGUUGUUGCAAAUUGGCAUACGUACAAGACUAGCAUGCACGAGUUCAUGCUGCAGUUCAAUCAUGAGAAUAUCAUGAAAGAAUCUAGGUCUGAAAAUUUCCCUUACCACAUGUACAGACCCAUACCCUUCCAUACUUUGAAAAGUAAUCCAGCAAUAGAUGUCAAGCAAUUGAUUGGUAAGAUCCUUUAG